UGCAGGCGGCCGCAUGGGAAGGUGGCUCUCAUAACAGGAGCCGCCAGCGGCAUCGGCGAGGAGACGGCGAGACUAUUUGCAGCCAAUGACGCUUUUGUUGUCGUAGCCGACAUCGACGACGAACUGGGUAGGAAGGUGGCUGCCUCCAUCGGCAUCGACCAAGCCAGCUUUCACCAUUGUGAUGUGAGAGACGAGAAGCAAGUUGAAGAAACGGUGAGCUACACUGUUGAAAAACAUGGCCGCCUCGACAUUCUCUUCAGCAAUGCUGGCAUCGUGAGCUCUCUCGCUUCAAUUCUAUCGCUUGACAUCUCUAAUUUCGACAACGUUUUUGCAACCAACGUCCAUGGAGUGGUUGGGAAGAUCAUGCACAGCGCACGAGCAAUGGUGGAGAAAAACAUACGUGGGUCGAUCAUUUGCAUGGCGAGUGUGGCAGUGAUGGUUGGAGGGAUAGGGUCGAUAGCGUACACAAGCUCGAAGCAUGCAGUGUUGGGGGUGGUUAGGUCGAGUAGCUUGGAGCUCGGGGCAUAUGGGAUUAGAGUGAACUGUGUGCCUCCACAUGGGGUGGCAACGCCGCUGGCUCGCCGGACUUUGAAUAUGGAAGGGAGUAAGAUUGAAGAGCUUGUUUCUGCAUCGGCAAGCUUGAAGGGUGUGGUGCUGAAGGCUAGCCAUGUAGCUGAGGCCGCUCUGCUCCUCGCAUCCGAUGAAUCAGCUUAUAUAAGUGGUCAAAACUUGGUCGUUGGCGGCUUCACGGCGGUCCAACCAGUCAUAUAAUUCUGUGUUCUUAAGCGUUUGUAUUAUUAAUC